AUGUCUAAAAUUUGGGCCUCGGGUAAUUUUAUCGGACGAUUACCAGAUGGCGUUUCACCUGCUUCCCGAGCUAGAUAUUUUGCUCGCAUAUUUUUUGUUGCCGCGCAGGGGUCGUCCAAAGCGCACCUCCUCCAGCUCUUUCGUGAUCGGUUGUCUGGGGAUGAACCGAAUACACCUGGACUCAUAUCUAUAACAAAAGUUCUGAAAGUUGGCUUGAACUGUUCAGCUUUGGAAUCGGUUGGGAAUGAGGUCACGAAGCAUGAACCCAACAAAGUCAAACGAAUUCGAAAGGGUACCUCUGAAGCGAUCACGACUGGUACGAUCCAGACUACUAUCGAUCGCAGUGCGAUUGGAAUCCGACUAUGGAUCCGCAACUUUGCACCCAAAAUAAACCUGUGCGACCUCUGA